AUGCCCCCCUCGAACUGGAUAUCCCUCUGGAUGGCUGCAGCCUCCAUAGUCGUCGCAUGGGAUGUCGCCUAUUGCCUCUGUCGCCCUAGGAGCUUUGCAGGCGGCGACCUCGCCUGGAUAUGGAAGCCCGACAACAACUAUGGCGAGAUCGACUACAUCUACGGCUGGAAAGCCUACAACGAAGGCGACGGCUUCACCGCUGCCCAAGCCACGCUGAACUUGCUCGAAGUCACCCUCGCCGUCAUCUACCUCUACCUCCGCCACUCCUCCCCCCGGCACUCCUCCGCGCCAUACCACUCUUCCGCCCUGCUCGUCGGGUUCGCUUCUGCGCUCAUGACGUGGUCCAAGACUGUCCUCUACAUCUUGCAAGAAUAUCUUUGCGGGUGGUGUAAUGUGGGACAUAAUGAUCGAUGGACGUUCUGGUGUAUGUGGGUUAUCCCUAACUGCUCAUGGAUUGUCUUCCCGGGACUUAUCACCCUCGCUCUCGGCUCCCACAUCCUCUCCGCCCUCCAACGCGACUCCAUCGCCCAACACCCUUCUGCUCCUUCUCCUUCCCUUCUUGUCCCCACUCCUGCCGGGUUGACCAAGGCCGGGUUGACCAAGAAAGGAAAACCCGCUCUCACUCAGAGGCAAGACCCAAACCCAACCCACACCCUCCCCCUCACAUUCCACCCCCACAACCUCCCCACCCUCAUCAUCGGCUCCAACAAACUCGCCGCUUCCCGCGCCACCACCUUCCUCUCUGCCGGUGCCCUCGUCCACAUCACCUCCCCCCUCCCUCUCGUCGACUGUGCGAAGGAGGUUCAGGUGCUGGUGGAGGGUGGGAAGGUGGAGUAUGAGAGGAAAGAGUUGGGGACAGAGAGAGAGUGGAGAGAGUAUUUGGAGGAGAAGGAUGUCGCUUUGGCUUGCGUCACUUCAACCCUCAUCUCCCCUUCCACCCCCUCUCCUUCUUCGCCCUCUCCCGUCUCCCAAAUCCACAACGCCUGCCUCUCCCUCCACAUCCCCCUAAACACCUCCGACUCCCCCAACCUCUCCACCUACACCUUCCCCUCCACCCACCGCUUCCCCUCCCACCACCCCUCCACCCCCUCCGCUUUGACCAUCUCUGUCUCUUCCGGCGGCCUUGGGUGCAGGAUGUCGGGCAGGAUAAGAAGAGAGGUGGUUAGUAGUCUUGGGCAGGAGGUUGGUAGGGCGGUUGAUAAUGUUGGGCGGUUGAGGGAGAAGGCGAAAGCGUUUUCGAAACGCGACCUACUCCCCCUUGACCUGCCUUCGUUGGAGAACCAAGAAGGCCCCCUAAACUCGCCCGUCCCCCAAAUCCCGACCCGCUCCCUAUCCCCCUCCUCCUCCAUCCACUCCUCCUCCUCCGCCCCCUUCCCCAAAGCCCUUUUAUCAGAGUCGGAGCAGCAGCUCAGAAGGAUGCGUUGGGUAUACCAGAUGAGUGAAUAUUACUCUUUCGAGCACCUCGCGAGAAUGUCGGAAGAUGAGAUGGAUAAAGCGUUGGAGAUUUGGGGGGAGAAAGAUUAUGGCGGUGAACUGCCGCAUCACCUCCCUUCCGACAGACUCUCCCAAAGUCAAGAAGGGGAGGAAGAGAAGCCUGUGAAGAAAGGCCGUAUCCUCCUCGUAGGCUCCGGCCCCGGCCACCCCUCCCUCCUCACGCUCUCCGCCCACCACGCCCUAACCACCUCCACCCUCAUCCUCUCCGACAAACUCGUCCCCUCCCAGAUCCUCGCCCUCAUCCCCCCCUCCGUCAAAGUGCACGUCGCCAAAAAGUUUCCGGGCAAUGCGGAGGGGGCGCAAAACGAGAUGAUGCAGCUCGCCCUCGAAGGGGCCCUUCGGGGCGAGACGGUGGUCCGGCUGAAGCAGGGUGAUCCAUUCGUCUACGGGAGGGGUGGGGAGGAGGUACUGUUUUUCAGGAAACAUGGGUUCGAGUCGACCGUCAUACCGGGGAUAUCGUCAGCGCUCGCGGCCCCGCUCAUGAUGAACAUUCCCGUCACCCAACGUGGUGUUGCCGAGUCGCUCAUCCUCUGUACCGGAGUCGGCCGUCAAGGGCGUGCUGUCCAACUCCCAGGUUAUGUAAGGAGUAGGACGCUGGUGUUGUUGAUGGGCGUCGCGAGGAUCCAGCAAAUCGUCGAUACCCUCCUCUCCCCCGACUCCCCCGGCCGAGACGGCGCAGCGUUCCCGCCGCACUUGCCUAUAGCCAUCAUCGAACGCGCCUCUUCCCCCGACCAACGCCUAACCCUCUCAACACUCUCCCGUAUCGCCCCCUCCCUCGCCGAGCUCGACGAGCGCCCACCAGGUAUGAUCGUCGUCGGCUGGGCCGCCCUCGCCUUGGAAGGCAAGGGCAGAGUUGAUAUUCUCGAUAUGCCGGAGGAAGGGGAAGAGGCGAUGGUUCGGGAGUGGUUGGCGGAGGAGGGGAGGGAGGAGGAGGGGUGGAAGAGUGGGGAGGGGUGGAAAGUGAGGGAGGGGUUGAAUGAGGAUUGGAAGGGGAUUUUGAGCGGCGUCGUAUAG